CAGAAGGAAGAUGAGAGGAGAAGUAAGGUGGGAACUGCAGCUGCCUAGAAGGGAAUGAAGGCGCAAGAAUGCCCUGUGAGACGGUGUGGAUACCCCGCCACAUUUACGCACACAAUAAGUGAUUUACUGUGAGGGAUUCUGAACGAGAAUCGGAUCGUCGUGUUACGAGUCGUCAUUUUGCCUGAGAAAGAACAAGUUGCCGUCAGAAGUUGUCUUCACUAACCAGCAGAGAUGAGAUUUAACUUAUUGAUACUCCGAGGCUGGAUAACAUGUGUCCUGGUCACCUUUUACGCACAGAAUGGGGCCUCAAAAUCUAUCAACCAGUGUGAAGAUGAAAGAUAUUAUUUAAAAGGCUCCUCCAAAUGCUGCAAGAAGUGUCCACCAGGCUUCCAUGUGUUUUCCGACUGCACUGAUUCCGACGACACUAUAUGUAGAAGAUGUAACAGCGGUGAAUACCAGCCCGGAUGGACCGAUGAGAACCACUGUCUUCAGCAGAAGAUCUGCGACGAACAUAAGGGUUUCAAGAAGCGGCUUGAGAACGUGAUGGCGGAAGAGCCGUGCAGCUGCCGCUCCGGCCGCCAGUGCAGUCCCAUCAACUGUGAGUUCUGUGAGAAGAUACCCACCUGUGGCGCUGGGUAUGGACUGGAGGUGGACCCCGAGUCUUCUGAUGAGAUGAAGACGUGUGUUCCGUGUCAGAAAGGCUUCUUCUCUGCUGACAACAGUGCCGAACAAUGCAAACAAUGGACUAGUUGUAAUGCGGAGGGCAGGAGUGAGAUGCAGCCCGGCAGCGCCCAGGCAGAUGCAGUGUGUGGACACCCUGUCUCUGCCCCCUCCUGGGUUAUCGUUUCUGUUCUGUCAGUCAUCACGGUGCUGUGUCUCCUCGUCCUGCUCCUCUUCUGCUACAAGGACAAACUGAAGUUACUCUCAGUAAACCUGCGAUCAUGUGUCCAGAAUCUGAAGAGGACUAGGAUUCAACAGGAGACCUUGGCCCCUCUUUACCACAGUGUAGCAGGAGGAGGCCACAAAUCUACUCCAUGUGAGAUGACUAAACUCGUCUGCCAAGCGCCCCACAGCCCCGCCAAUGAACUCCAGUGCACCUUCCCCACCUCUGUCCCCGAGGUCAAGGUCUCCCUGCCCUUCACGGGGGAAAUGACGGAGGAAAAAGGGACCAAGGAGACGACGGUGAUGGAGGAUCAGAGCAAAGGGUCUGGAGAGCCCGAGGAGGUGUCAGAAGAUGAGGGGAUCGUGGUUGCGUCUCCUCUCCUGGCGGGCUUGUGUGUGUGUGUCAUUCCCGUCAGCGAGCCACUGGAAGUCGGGGAGAACGAGGACUGCAGUCAGGCGGUGAACCCCGGGACCCCAGGAACCUGCUCCUGUGGAGGGCUGGACGGAGACUGGGAGAGCGGGAGAGAGGAGAAAAGUGGGGAUGCAAAUCAAGAAAAGAUGGUUUUGUCCCCUGGUGUUGCAUCUCUUGUCUCUCUUUCUCCUCCACCCCUCCGCACCUCCUCUGAUGUCUUUCCCUCCACACCUGAGCUCUGCCUGCCGUUGUCUCAGGCUCAGGUGAGGCCAGAGUUUAAACCUCACCUCACUGACAGAUUGCUGGUCAAACAGGAGGACUUAUACAGACUGAAAAGUACAGACUCCAGUUUAACAGACACUUCGGUCAGCCCAUUGCUGACUUCCUCCUCUGUUGGAGAUCUCUACCUGGACCCUGAGACCUCCAGCCCGGAGCAAUGGGGGGUCAGCAGGGGAAACAAGCUCUCCUCGGGGGGGUCGGAGCUGGAGUGCUCACCUGAGAGCCUCCACAGUCAGCUGGCUGACCCAACUCCUACCUCAGGUCAGGUGUCUGGGAACAACAACACCACCUUCAUCUCCAGCGGUCAGGUGAUGAACUUCAGCGGGGAGGUCAUCGUGGUGUAUGUCAGCCAGACGUCUCUGGGCAGCGACGGGCAGGGCAAUUCCUUCGGGAGCCCCGUCCAGGAAGAGGCCAAUGAGACGGCUCUGUUCUUCCAGAGCAGCCUGAGGUCACAAGGAGACUCCAUUUCCCAGAACACCUGGCAGGAAGAGACACUGCCAGUCCAGGAAGUGGUGGAGGAGCGGCCGCUGGGAAAGUGAAAAGAGACCAAUGGCUGUUUCUUUCUUCAGUACAGUGAUCAUCUCAAUCAGUUAGACUUUCAAAAAUGACACGUUUUGUUGGUUACUGCACCUUAAAUAUGUUCGCUUCCAAAUUACAUUUCAACAACUAGUGAAUAAAAAACACAAUGUGCCCACCAUACCAGCUUUAAACAAGGACAGGAAGGCUUUCAAUUAAAAUGUUGAUGUGAAGCUAUCGGUCUAUGCCCACAUAAUUAGUUUAGACUGUAAUAUUCUAUCAUUUGACCAGUUUGAAACAUAAGUCACUAAAUCUUUUAGUACUUUUCUCUUUGGAAGGCUUUGUGCCUUUUCAAAUGGAAACCCCCUCCCUUCCAGACGGGAAUUUUUAUUGGAAGUUGGAUGUGAAACUUCAGACUGGAAGAACGUCAUGUUUUCUUAUUGUUGUAUGGAAAUUGCAGCUGGCUGUUGAUUUAAAGGAGUUUUUAUUUCCCACCUUCCAUCCUUUUCUCGCCCAGGUUGAAGUCUGUAGAAUUCUGCUAUUGCUCCUAAUUUGACAUUUGGAUGAUUUCAAGAGUUUCCUUUGCAUACAAAAUAUCCACCAUGUGGAAAUGAUUGUCUCUGCACUCACAAAAUCAUCCCGUAAAAGUCAAUAUUAGUAUGCAAUGAAAUUCAAUCUACAUGCUACAUUAAGAAGGUGCUUUUCACUGAGUGAAUGUUUCUCUUUUCUGCUUUGCAGGGUUUGGCAAAAGCUAAUUAACAGUAAAGACACAGCCAGUUCUGGUACGACGCUUGUUUAUCCCAAAUGUAGAGAUGUGUUUUAUUCUGUUCUUAUUGCACCACAAGUGCAGUGUGUGUCUAAGAAAAAAAAUGCUAUGCAUUUGAUAAGCUAUUUUAUUACUGGUUCUUUUUGUUUCAAUAUGUUUUAAUGUGCAAGCCUUAAUGAAGAAAAGUAAAAUGUCUGUUUUAUAUUUUUAAUUCAUUUCACAAAGAUGAUUGUUUAUGUAUUAUUUCAGCAAAUGCAUAUGUGAUCAAUGUCUGUAAAUAUCUCAAAAGAAGGGUUUGUGAAACAAGAAUGAAAUUCUCUUUGUGCUUCCUCUUUGAUUUGAGGUGUGAAUGAUUUGUUUCCGUGGAGCCAUGAACAGCAUGCAGAACACACUCUGUAGGAGUUUCAAGGGACUGUUCAAUUACAACCUCGCCAAAUGUAUGCAGUCUUCAAAUAAUCAUGUACAAAUCAAUCAAACAUUUUGCAAUGAAUGACUGAAAGAAUAUUUUUGUUUGAAAUUAAAUAUGUUUUGCAUCUAAUCCUUUCAGGGAUGGCUG